CUUAAAACAGGAGGAGCCUACCGUGGCUACUUCAUUCACUCUUGCGCACGUGGAGGGGGCUUGCCUUCCGUGUAACGUUAUCAGUAGUUUCUGCACCCUCUCGGGCUCAGUCAGUUGCUAAUCGCCCCUGCUCCUGAACGCACGUCUCGAUUUGUCUCUUGACACUUCUUGUUUUUAGUACACUGUGUUUUUAUUUCAUCUUAAUUAGUUUAAUACGCAAUAGAAAGCGAUUUUUAGUUAAAUCAAAGGUGAAUGUGGUCGUAAAUCAGUGAAAGUGUUAAUACAUAGUUUGCUUGUAAAACGAUUAACUCGUCUUCAAGGCCUAGCCCCGCCCGUCGCACAAGCAAGAUAGAACAGACAAAAUGUUCGCAGUGAUGCAAAUCGACGAAGACCACACACGGGACUUCAGGCGCAAGCUGCGGCCGAAGUGCGAGUUCGUGUGCAAGUACUGCCAGCGCAGGUUCACGAAGUCCUACAACCUGAUGAUACACGAGCGCACGCACAAGAGUCCCGAGCUCACGUUCAGCUGUGAGGUGUGCGGGAAAUCGUUCAAGCGCCAGGAUAAUCUACGCCAGCAUAGAGAAAUCCAUUAUAAUCCAAACAAGGAGGCCGCAUGUCUAAGAUGGUGAUUCAAGACUCAUGUGUAUCCGCAUUAAGUAAUAAUCGGGAUAGUCUCUACGUAACAGUAUUCGUGCUUCACCAUUAAAUCCGCCAGGAUAGAAUUUUGUUAUUUUUCGAAUUUAUCAAAAAUAUAAGCAAGAAAACGUAUAGCUACAAGUUUUCGCAGCAAAAAUCUAAAUUAAGAACAUUCUGGUGAUCUGUAAAUAGUAUUUAUUAGAGUAAGUGAUGGUAGCAUUUAAACAGCUUAAUUGCUUAGCUUAUUUUAAUGUAAAAAAAUAUUUAUAUGAUUUAUUUAAAAUAUUGUUAUGAUUUUAAGCUACUAAUACGUGGAACGUACUCAAAUAAUUUCAAUUAAUUAUGUAUUUCAUAUUAAAACAGAUUUAUUUUACAAUACGAAAGUAAUUUCCAUGAUUUCUUAUUUAUUAGUAUUUAGUAAAUAGCGUUCCAUAAACUGCUUGAUGUAUAUUUUGAGGGUUGUUCCUAAUAUUUAGAAUGUUAGUAAAGACUACUUAUAGAGUUGUUUGAUCUAGAUAUAGCACAUAAGAAAGAUCUAUAAAUCCGAAAGUAUUAUGUAAUCAACAAUAGUUAAAAAUUCU